GUGGUUUCUGGCCUGCGAUCCGUUCGUGUUUUGUUUAUGAACUUAUGUCAAAGGCCCACGAAAAUAGCCAAACAAGACAGGUUUGCGGAGUCGAUGAUUUCGACAUUUCGUCACAUACACGCCGACGCAUCAAUGAAAACUUGUAGCUGUAGAAUCGCCGAAUGUGCUGCUUGUUAGGGAGGUAACAAUUUCGUGGCCAUCACACUUUCUGCCUUCUGUAGCGGCUGUUACUGGAAGGCUGACUUAGCGGCGGUUCCCAGCAGGGACAGUGUCUUCUGCUGUUGGUGGAUGAGAGCGGUGCCCAUGCAUUGUUUCCAUGCAAAUCUGUCGCUAUUUCAUGAAUCAGCUCCACAUUAAGGAAAUAUGCAACACCCCUUACAUGUUCAUGCACCGCAUCCUCCAGCUCCUCAUGGACCUCAUGGAGCGCCAGUCAUUGCUCAUAUAAAUCACAACACGCGCCAUGGAAGGAACUGCAACGGGAAUGACACCUCUCACAGUUAUCCACAAGCUGUUCCACACUCUUCUUUACCUAAGCAUAUACCAAUACCACCAAUACCCAGAGAUGGAGAUGUAUUAUUUGAACUCAUAAUGUUCGUCUUCUCAGCCAUUUGUUGCGCUCUCCAAUUUUUAAUAAUUUAUCGAUCAGUCUUCUGGCUUCCUUACUCUUUCACCAACUUUGCUCUGAAUGUUCAGAUGAUAGACAUCCAUUUGCUGAUUUUUAUCGGAGUAAUUCUAAUGCGACGUCUCAUCUACACCAUGAUUGCUCGUGUAGGCCAAGCCUACUUGUCUUCUGUACUCUGGCCAGCAGCUCGAAAAGUUCUACAAGUUAUUAUGUUGCUAUGGGUGGGAGCAGUGAUCCUAAUAUGUCUUUACAACAUUAUGCACACUCAUCCCAUAGUUAAAUUAUUUUAUUUAUGUUAUCCGCUUUCCCUUUAUUUUAUUUUAUUUGGGCUGACUGUGGGCCCCUUUUUUGAUCUGGCAGUUUUUCCCAUUUCUGAUUUAGACCAGAAAUGUAGUACCCUCUUAAGUUUUGAUGGAAGUCCUUUGCACAAUUGCUCUACUUCUCCUGAAGCAAUACGGGAAGAGGUGGAUGUAUUAAAGAGCGAUAUCAACAACAGAAUGAAACAAGUUUUGUUCAAUUCAGUAUUUUCAGCAUAUUAUGCUGGGUUUAUUCCCUGUUGCUUUGCAACGACUAUGAUGUACUAUGAAACUUAUUGGGCAACCUUUCACAUUCUUUGGUUGUGGCUUGGCAGUUUUGUCAUGUACCUUACUCAUUGCUUUCCUGUGCGGUAUUGCGAUGUAAUGCACAGAUGUGCUCUCCAUCUUGGGAGAUGGCACCGAUUAAUAAUGCCUCAUUCCAAUGUUAAUUGGACAGGUAACAAACUAUGGCCGAAUGAAUCGGUGGUUAAACAUUAUGAUAAGCUGUACCAGGCUUUAAACACUACUAAUGCUGCAGAGCCAGGGAAUCAGGUUCAUAACCGUUUCUAUGACUUGUUUCAAAAUCCAACUCGGAUUUAUUUAGUUGUGCUCUCAAUGCACAUGUUAAUGAUAUUAAUUCAAUUGGUUCAAUUGGCCACUGCUCAAGAAUGGUACCAGUCAGUCAGUAUGGCCUCGCUACUGUUCUUCAAUUACUACACUCUUUACAAACUGCUACGAGAUGUACUCAUCAGUCAUCGCGUGUACAAGGCAGAGCACAUUGUAAAAGACAGAGAUAAUUCCUAGCAUCAGGAGCCGGCGUCAGUGCUGAAACGGGCACUGUACGUCGCUAUUCCCAUUCUGCUGGCUAUCAUUUUGGCUAUGCUUUUGGGAAACUGUAUCACUCAGCCGCAAACCAUUCGACAGAUGAGGUCAAAUCCACACUCUGGGUCAAUGCCCUUAGAUAGUGUAAGACGAAGACCUCCGCCUAACCCUCCUGCAGUUAAACCAACGGUGCCAACGAAUGUUGUGUCCAGAACACCAUCAGCACAAGUAGAACCGCCUGGGCUACCAAACAGACUAAAUCUUAAGUGCAUUCAUGCAGAUGGGAAAGGCCGCGAACUCACAUGCACUCAAGUCUUAGAUAACUAACGACCCGUUAAAUUGUUGUGGUCCCUCAUCCACAUUUUGCAAUAUUCAGAGCUGUACUUAAACAACUCUUCAGAAAUCGGUCAUCGAAAUUUGAUGACCAGCUAUUCUUCUGUAUCAGCUAUUUUGUCUAUUUUCUUAUGAAGUCCUGCACGGACUUCUCUAUCUUGUCAUCCAAGUCCAGGUAGUUUAUGUUCGGAUGUAUUAUCUUGGCUACAGCUGGAAAAAUAUGUGUUAUCGAUCAAAGCUUUUUGUUCUUCAUACUAUCUCUGCUGUUUCUCCAUACUAUCUCAGCUCCAACUCAAUUUCCAUCUGAAUUAGUGUUUCACUUUGAAAGGCUUUUAGACUUUUACUGAAUUAACUGGGACUCAUAAAGUGAUUUUUUUAAAAAUGUGUGCAGCAGCCUUGAAGCGAAAGUGUAACACAACAAAAUAGAAUUAGUGUAUUUAUUCUCCUUUGUUUCUUUCUUCCUCUAGCUAUAGACUGGAGUGAUGUCUCCAAGCACAAAUUUUUUGUCAUAUCUGGAUCUGAUAGAUAUUGCCCCAAGCUAGAAAAUAUUUUAUACUUAAUGUAAGACAUCAGCAUAAGCUUUGGUUUCUUCCUUUUUUCCUAAAUGUUGUUUUACCCUUUGCAGCAAUGAUAAAGUUCUACCUUUUUUUUGUUUUCUUUGUGAAUAUUGAUCCGUAUCUUUCUAGAUUUGACCAAUGCGUUAGGAGCAUUCAUAUCAGUCAAAAGUAUGAAUCCUUUGAUUGCCUACCGUGAAACUGUGUUGGAAUCACAUUAUUCUGUGACAAAGCAGUGUUGUUUCUUUAUUUGCAUCUUGUCUUUCACCCUCACACACAGUGCCAGCUUUCUUCCUUUGCCAAUAAGGAUGAGCCAGCUUCAACUUCAGCUUCAACAUCACUACCUUUCUUGUUUUCUCUUUCUUGUCUACUUCAAAGUUAUGUUACUAUUAGGAAGAUGAAGUUCUGAUUUUGCAAUCAGAAGUUUAAAGAAAAGUAAUUUUUUUUAAAUGUAUGUGCUGUGCCAUAAUAUGUUGAAGGUGUUUCUAGUCUUUUCUGUGGUGAAACAUAAUUUGUGAGAUUGUACAUACCAUUAUUAUGUGAUGUACUUACUGUGCUUUGUGAAAAAGUGUGUAUAUAUGGUUUUGCAAAAUGUUUCAAACAAUUAUGUUUUGUGUUUAAAACAUUUUGCACAGAUAUCUUUGAAAAUAAGAAACCCAAACCUGAUCUCUUCA